AUGAGAUCCUCGAUUAUCACUCUUGCUGCUUUUGUGGCAGGUCUCGCACUUGCCGACAACAUUGACCUCCCUGAUUGCGCAAAGGGCUGUCUGAACGAUGGCCUCCAGAAGGCAGGCUGCACUCAGGACAACAUUAAGGAUUGCUACUGUCCCAAGGCCAAUAUUAACGAAUUGGUCAACUGCGUUACUGGUGCUUGCAAGGAUCAGAAUGACCUGCUCAAAGCAGCACAAGCAGCUCAAAAGGCAUGCCCCAAUGGUACGGGCAAUCAGAAUACCUUUCCAGCUUUUCCUGGCAAUGGAAACGGCGGUAACGGAGGGAAUGGUGGCAAUAGGGGCAACUAG